UCUGUCCAACCAAACAGCCGAUUGGAGACGGGAGCCAACCAGGGCUGCAUUGGAGGUUGAAAUUGGGCAAAAAUUGGACACCUUUUUAGACAGCUGUUCUUGAACACCACUGACAACACAAUUCUGACAGUAUUUCAUGACAAUGGAUGGUGACAGUUCCACAACAGAUGCUUCUCAAUUAGGGAUUUCUGCAGACUACAUUGGAGGGAGCCACUAUGUCAUACAGCCUCACGACGAUACUGAGGACAGCAUGAAUGAUCAUGAAGAUACAAAUGGUUCAAAAGAAAGCUUCAGAGAACAAGAUAUAUACCUUCCAAUUGCAAAUGUGGCUAGGAUAAUGAAAAAUGCCAUCCCUCAAACAGGAAAGAUUGCAAAAGAUGCCAAAGAGUGUGUCCAAGAAUGUGUAAGUGAGUUCAUAAGCUUUAUAACAUCUGAAGCAAGUGAGAGAUGCCAUCAAGAGAAGCGGAAGACAAUCAAUGGGGAGGACAUUCUCUUUGCCAUGUCCACUUUAGGCUUCGACAGUUAUGUGGAACCUCUGAAACUGUACCUUCAGAAAUUUAGAGAAGCUAUGAAAGGAGAGAAGGGGAUUGGCGGAGCAGUCACAGCUACGGACGGACUAAGUGAAGAGCUCACGGAGGAGGCAUUCACUAACCAAUUACCAGCUGGCUUAAUAACUGCAGAUGGUCAACAACAGAAUGUUAUGGUUUACACAACUUCCUACCAACAGAUUUCUGGUGUUCAACAAAUUCAGUUUUCAUGAUCUGAAGAAAUGAUGGAACAGGAGUAUAGAGAAGCAAGAGCCUGUACAAUUUUGGAACAGAGACAUUAGAAGGAAAUGACUGGUGAAGAUGUCUCUUUGUACACUAAGUAGCUGUAAUGUAGCUUCCUGAUGCUUGACUAAUUGAGGUGUUAAUUUUGACUUGAGAAUCUUUUUCAUGAAUGAUUUUAAAGAAAAUUUUGGAUUUUAAAGAAAUGGCUAUUGUGUAGUUUGCCUAGAAGGAAGUUUGAGUG